GAUGCUGCUACGGAUGCUGGUGUGUCUCUGAUUGUGUAUGUGUGCGCGCACUGCUAUCCAGCGCUGGAUGCGGUAUCGCGGGCACAAAGUCAUGGCUAAAGCUCGCAGACGCCAACAAACCACUUUGGAUUUAAUGUGAUCUAAGCGGGAUAAUAAGCGGGAUCGUUCGAUCAUCUGUAGCCAGGCAGGACCCAGAAGGCUGCUGCCAUGUCCACCACUGCAAUUCUGGACCAGUCUGGAGGAGAGAUGAUGCUGGAAUGAAGUCGAGCACUAUGGGGUUUUCCAGUCUGGUACUCCGGAUUCUUCCAGCCCUCCUGACCCUGGUGAGUGUAGCGCACACGGCCGAGAAGGUUCCUAUUCUGAACAUUGCCGUCAUACUGGGCCGGACGCGCUACAUCUCGGACCGGGACAUCCGGGCCUUAUGGAGCAAGGACGACCCAAUCGACGUCAACGUGGUCACGCUGCUGGUCAAUGAGACGGAUCCCAAGAGCAUCAUCACUCACGUGUGCGAUCUCAUGUCUGGGACUAAGAUCCACGGUGUGGUGUUCGGGGACGGCACCGACCAGGAAGCCAUCGCCCAGAUUUUGGAUUUUAUUUCCUCGCAGACGCUGAUACCCAUCCUGGGGAUUCACGGGGGCUCGUCCAUGAUCAUGGCAGACAAGGAUGUGAAGUCGACGUUCUUCCAGUUUGGCGCGUCCAUCCAGCAGGAGGCGCUGCUGAUGCUAAACAUCAUGGAGGAGUACGACUGGCACGUCUUCUCCAUCGUGACCAGCAAGUUCCCCGGCUACCAGGACUUCAUCUCCGUCCUCAAGACCACGGUGGAUAACAGUUUUGUGGGCUGGGACCUGCAGCACACCAUCACGCUGGACGCGGUGGACGGUGCGGACGGGGCGCGGGCGCAGCUUCAGCUGAAAAAGGUCCAAUCGCCCGUCAUCGUUCUGUACUGCUCCAAAAACGAAGCGACGUACAUCCUGGAGGAGGCGCGGUCGCUAGGCCUGACCGGAUUCGGCUACAUCUGGAUCGUGCCCAGUUUAACCACGGGUAACCCGGAGGUGACGCCCGACGAGUUCCCGUCGGGUAUGAUCUCCGUCUCCUACGACGACUGGGACUAUCCUCUGGAAGCCAGAGUUCGAGACGGGCUGGGCAUCAUCACCACGGCGGCGGCCGCCAUGCUGAAGGAGUUUGGCGAUAUUCCCGAGGCGAAGACCAGCUGCUACGGGCAGAUGGAGAAGACCAAGCUGCCGCCCAGCGCACUUCACAAGUACAUGAUGAACGUGACGUGGGACGGCAGGGACCUGUCCUUCACCGAGGACGGCUACCAGGAGAAUCCCAAACUGGUCGUGAUUGUCCUGAACAAGGAGCGGGAAUGGGAGAAGAUCGGUAAAUGGGAGAACCGCAGCCUGACCCUGAAGUACCCGGUGUGGCCACGCUACAAUGCCUUCGGUGACGCGGAGACGGACGAUAAUCAUCUGAGCAUCGUGACUCUGGAGGAGAAGCCGUUCGUUAUUGUGGAGAACGUGGAGCGUCUAACAGGAACCUGCAUGCGCAACUCUGUACCCUGUCGCAAGCACAUCAAGGACAACACCACCGAGGGAGGAGGAACGUACAUUAAAAAGUGCUGCAAGGGCUUCUGCAUUGACAUUCUGAAGAAGAUCGCCAGGAACGUCAAGUUCACCUACGACCUCUACCUGGUCACCAACGGGAAGCACGGCAAAAAGAUCAACAACAUGUGGAACGGCAUGGUGGGAGAGGUGGUGUAUAAGAAAGCCGUCAUGGCCGUGGGCUCGCUGACCAUCAAUGAGGAGCGCUCGGAGGCCAUCGAUUUCUCCGUACCCUUUGUGGAGACCGGGAUUAGCGUGAUGGUGUCCCGCAGUAACGGAACGGUCUCUCCGUCAGCGUUUCUGGAGCCGUUCAGCGCGUCAGUGUGGGUGAUGAUGUUCGUGAUGCUGCUGCUGGUCACUGCCAUGGCCGUCUUCAUGUUCGAGUACAUCAGUCCUCUGGGAUUCAAUAGGAACUUGGCUCAGGGCAAAGACCCCCACGGACCUUCGUUCACCAUGGGCAAGGCGGUGUGGCUGCUCUGGGGUCUGGUCUUCAACAACUCUGUGCCCGUACAAAACCCCAAAGGCUCCACCAGCAAGUUCAUCGUGUCCGUGUGGGCCUUCUUCGCCGUCAUCUUUCUGGCCAGCUACACUGCCAACCUGGCAGCCUUCAUGAUCCAGGAGGAGUUUGUGGACCAGGUGACCGGACUGAGUGACAACAAGUUCCAGAGCCCCUACUCCUACUCUCCACCCUUUCGAUUUGGGACGGUCCCCAACGGCAGCACAGAGAGGAACAUCCGUAAGAAUUAUCCGGACAUGCACCAGUACAUGGUGAAGUACCAUCAGACGGGGGUGAACGAUGCUCUGGUUAGCUUGAAGACCGGCAAACUGGACGCGUUUAUCUAUGAUGCAGCCGUGCUGAACUACAUGGCCGGACGAGACGAGGGAUGCAAGCUGGUGACGAUCGGGAGCGGCUACAUUUUUGCCACUACCGGUUAUGGCAUCGCGCUGCAGAAAGGCUCUUUUUGGAAACGACAAGUGGAUCUGGCCAUCCUGGCGAUCAUUGGUGAUGGUGAAAUGGAGGAGCUGGAGGCUCAGUGGUUGACUGGAAUCUGCCACAACGAGAAGAACGAGGUCAUGAGCAGUCAACUGGAUGUGGACAACAUGGCCGGAGUAUUUUACAUGCUGGCCACGGCCAUGGGGCUCAGCCUCAUCACCUUCGUGUGGGAGCAUCUGUUUUACUGGCGGCUGCGCUACUGCUUUACCGGAGUGUGUUCGGGCACACCUGGCCUGCUCUUUUCCAUCAGCAGGGGUAUUUGGAGUUGCAUUCAUGGCAUCCACAUAGAUAUGAAGAAAAAAUCCCCUGACUUGGAUUUCAGCCCUCAGGCCAACAUGCUGAAGCUUAUCAAAUCGGCCAAGCAGAUGACCAACAUGACCAACCUGAGCGGCUCCAGGGGGAACUCGCCCAAACGCAGUGGCGAAUUCAUGCACUCGGCCAGCCCGAUGAUCAUGGACCUCAUGUCGGAGAAGGGGAACUUCGUCUACACCGACAACCGAAGCUACGCCCAGAAGGACAUCUACACAGAUUCCAGCGACAUCCAGUCCUACCUAGCCAAUCGCCACAAGGACCACCUGAACAACUACAUCUUUCAGGGGCAGCACCCACUCACGCUAAACGAGUCGAACCCCAAUACCGUCGAGGUUGCCAUGAGCGCGGACGCAGCUCAGUCGGCCGCUAAACCCCGGUCCCUUUGGAAGAAGUCCGUGGAUACUCUGCGACAAAGCCAGCCGCCCGACAUGCUAGUCACUGACCCUCGUCUGUCCAUGAAGAGCCAAAGGUACCUGCCGGAGGAGGCCCACUCGGACGUCUCGGAUUGCUCCAGCAGGGCGGCCUCUUACAAGGAAUCCGAGAACAAGCAGCACCUGAAGCCCAAGGACAGCUUAAAAAAAAGACCCAUGACGUCGAAAUACCCUAGGGAUUGCAGCGAAGUAGAGCUGUCCUACUUAAAAAAUAAGCAGGGCGGAACAGGACGAGAAAAAAUCUACACCAUAGACUCUGACCGGGAGCUGAGUCUGCACUCAGAACCCCUGCAUUACAGAGAAACCAGAGGCCUGUCGGCGGACGAUCUGGACUAUCCUGAAAUCUUUUCAGACCACAACGACAACUAUAGGAAGUGCGAGCAGCCCAUCAUCCAUCUGAACAGCAGCCCACUCCAUCACACCAACGUGGAUCUGCUGCCGGACAACAUCUACAACAAGCAUUUUACCUCGAAGGAUAAGAACGUUAGCCCCCAAGAAAGCAACGACCAUAACAAACAAACCCACUGCCGGAGUUGCCUGUCCAAGGUACCGAACUUCUCAGCAGGGCCCUACGGCCCCAUGCGUUCGCCCUACAACCGCUGUGAGGCCUGCGUGCACAUGUGCAACCUGUACGACAUCAGCGAAGAUCAGAUGCUUCAGGACGCGAUGCUCGGCUCCGGCACACAGCAAGACGACAUAUUCGGUCGCUACUGGCCCCAGAUGGACGGCCCGCACGUCCAGAAGAGGAACAAGCUGCGGCUCAGUCGCCAGCACUCCGUGGAUAACAUCAUGCUGGAGAAACCCAAGGAGGUCGACCUGAACAGGCCGGCGCGCAGCGUCAGCCUCAAGGAGAAGGACCGCUUCCUGGAGGACGGCUCGUACGCGAACAUGUUCAAGUCCGACAAACUGUUCGGCAGCAGGUCCAUGCUCUUCAACCACAACCUGGAGGAAAGCAAGCGCAGCAAGUCGCUUUACCCCGACAACACCACGGACAACCCGUUCAUGCAGGCGAUACGGGACGACGCCCGUCUGGUCCACGGACGGAGCUCCUCUGACAUUUACAAACAAUUGGCUCCCGUCAGCGUGAGGAAUGAAAACAAUUUAAGGUCCUCCGUCAAGUCCACCACCUCAUACUCUUCCAGGGAUGGUCGAAUACCCAAUGACAUGUAUAUUUCAGAGCAUGUUAUUCCUUACAUAGCCAACAAAACAAGUGCAUACUCAGCUCCUCGGGUCCUCACUUCUUCUCAGUUUAGCAAUAGACGAGUAUAUAAGAAAAUUCCUAGUCUCGAGUCAGACGUUUAA